AUAUUAUGACACAAAUGAAAACCCGCAAAAAAAAUUAUAUCACGAUGGAGCAAGAACUAUCCGAACAAUCGCAAAACACCGCUAAUAAUAGAUCAGGAACUAUUGAUUCAGAGGAAGUAUAUUUUGGUAGCGAACCGUUACCUCAAGAGAACGAAACACACCAGGCGGAAAUUACUGAAGAAAGAGCUGAGAUUGAAGAUAUCGAUGAGAUUGAAAAUUUGAUAAGUGCAUGUGAGGAUUCGGUUGAUCAAGAGAAAUUGCAAACGGCAGCUACUACAAAACUUGCGAAUGAACCUCGCUUAGUCAACUUACCGUUGAGUAAGGUUAAACAGUUGAUGAAGUUUGACCCGGAUGUGCAUAUUAUUUCAGCGGAGGCAAUAUUUCUGGUGACUCGAGCAGCCGAACUGUUUGCCCAAACUCUGGCGAAAGAAUCGCACGCACAAACCGCUGCUAGGAAAAAGAAAACGAUUGUUAGAAGCGAUGUAGAUGCAACCAUCGAGUCAGUAGAUAGUUUAAUGUUCCUGGAGGGAAUGAUGAAUGCUUGAUAACUUGCAUAAAUCUUUUAAUACUGUUCUAAGAAAUACGAAUUAUUUAAACUAUUAAAGUUUUACAUAAAUAUGA